AGAAACUAUAUUGUUCUGUGUUCAACCGCGCGUUGUGUCGUGCCACGAUGAAGAUGAAGCUGAACCUGAACGUCGAGAAGUUUAUCGAAUGUGUGAAAGCGCGGCCGUCGUUGUACGACAUGUCGAUGAAGGAGUAUCGGGACGCGGAAAUCAAAAUGAAGUUAUGGGAAGAGAUCGGACAAGAGCUUUUCGACGAUUGGAACACCCACCCUGAUAGCAAUAGGGUAGCUAGAGUUCACCUGCUCAGCAAGAAAUGGAAAUCGCUGCGGGACAACUACGUAAGAGAUUACAAACGCAGAGUAAUCUGCGCAGAAGCAGGAGCUACCGACACCAAGAAGAAGUACAUAUUCUUUGACGACCUCAUGUUCCUAGCUCCAUUCAUCAAACAUGGCAGAGACCACCCUGAUUUACCCGCCUCAGCUUCAGCCAGCAGUGGGGAGGAGGAAGAUUGCGAGGAAACAAUGCUCUCCAAUCUCUGGGGCAAUAUGACCGAACCAGAACAACCUACAAUCGUGGCCAUCCCAGAAAACGAGGGUCCUCAGAAAAGAAGAGGUAGAAAACGGAAAAUCUCUGAAAAUCCAAACGUUUCCGAGACUCUUGUGCAAGAAUUGACUGUGUCAACAUCUCCUGUGGUCAUUCGACGAGCGAUCAAGGAAGAAACAAUGCUCUCCAAUCUUUUGGACAAUAUGACCGAACCAGACCAACCUACAAUCGUGGCCAUCCCAGAAAACGCGGGUCCUCAGAAAAGAAGAGGUAGAAAACGAAAAAUCUCUGAAAAUCUAAACGUUUCCGACACUCUUGUGCAAGAAUUGACUGUGUCAGAAUCUCCUGUGGUCCUUCAACGAGCGAUCAAGGAAGAUCCUGAUGCAGAUGCAGACAAAUACGGAAACAAAUCAUUUAUGAUGUCGUAUGUGCCUAUGUUGGAUUCUUUGACUCAGCAAGAAAUGCUGCAAGCUAGGUUGAAUAUUUCACAAGUGUUUCUGUGGCUGAAGGGUUCAUCGAAGUAGAAAGUCUGAACAACGCUAAAUCUUAAGGGUACCAUAAUUUGAAGUUUCACUAAAGCCAUAAAUAUUUGUUAUUAUUUAUAAAUAUUUGUUUGAGUGUCGCUACUUGUAAUAAAUAUCAUUAAGUAAAGUAUAAUUUAGAUUUCUGACCAUAUAUUGUGAAAUCUUUAACUACUGUACUUUGUUGGUCAUUUAAUAAAACUUCAAACUUCAUCGCGGACCAUUCUGUGGAACUUCAAAUUGUAUCACUAACCAUAUUGUGGCUUAAUUCUUUAUAGUUAUAGAGAACAUUCAAUCAACCAGAUUGAGCUUGUU